AUGGAAGUCUGGGAACAAAUUCCCCUCCGACAAGUAGCUCAGAUAACUACAAAAGACGACUUCAAAACGGCACUGGUCAAGCUCAGAGGUAUGAUAUGCCUUCCUCCAACAGGGAUCACUAAUAGUGUGGUUCCUUGUGUUUGUUGGUCUCUCUGGCUAGCAAGAAACACCAAAAUCUUCGAAGGUCGAACCCUCUCCCCUAUAGAGAUCGCAACGAGAGCGUUGAGAUUAGCAAGGGAGUGGAAUACGGCUCAAACCCCUACAGAAAAGAGGCCAAGAAACUUACAGAUCAGACAGCCAAAUGCAAACCGACCCUCGAGCUCAACAAUCGCAUCGCCAAUAAUCUCUUGUACGACCGACGCCGCUUGGAACAAGCAAUCGAAGCAAGCAGGACUAGCAUGGACUUUCUCUGGUACUGAUCUACCAUCAACAAUCACUGGUUCAACCACCCAACCCUUCGUUAGCUCUCCCCUACUAGCGGAAGCGCUAGCGGUGAGAUUGGCCCUCAUCAAGGCAGCGACUUUUGAGUUCCCAAGGCUCAAAGUGUCCUCCGACAACCAAACGCUCAUAAGAGCAAUCUCCAACGACUUGCAGCUUAAGGAAAUCCAUGGAAUCAUAGCUGAUAUCCACCAAAUCUCCUCUGCCUUCGUCAAUAUCUCAUUUAGUUAUUUUCCUCGUGAACAAAACAGAGACGCCGACGCUCUUGCUAAGCGGGCUCUCAAUUCUAUCUAUGUAUUGGACCCUUAA